AUGAGCCAGAGCAGUAGUGCCGAGAAGGAAAACACGGCCGCACGGGAAGAGGAGAAGCAGAAACUGUCAGAAUGGGAAGCAGAAAAGCGGCCGCUGGAGGUGGAAGAGAUUGCCGUGGAUCCUGAGAAGAAACCCGUCGGACACUCGAGCAAGCUGUUACGCAAGGAGGAUUUUGAGCUGAUCAAGACUCUGGGAACUGGCACAUUCGCGCGAGUCUGGUUGGUGAGAUUGGCGAAUCAGAAGAACACGAGCAACAACGAAUACACGAAAAAGGUCUUUGCGUUAAAGAUUUUGCGCAAGGUGGAUGUGAUACGACUGAAGCAGGUGGAGCAUGUACGCAACGAGCGCAAUGUUCUGGCUGCUGUUGCAGGACACCCCUUCAUAACGACCAUGGUCGCCAGCUUUCAGGAUGCAGACACACUGUAUAUGCUGCUGGACUACUGCCCGGGGGGCGAGGUCUUUUCCUACCUACGACGAGCGAGACGAUUCAAUGAGGCAACGUCACAAUUCUACGCCGCCGAGAUUGUGUUGAUACUGGAGUUCUUGCACGAGAAGGAAGGCGUUGCGUAUCGUGACUUGAAGCCGGAGAAUAUAUUGAUCGAUGCUGAUGGACACUUGAAAUUGGUGGAUUUUGGGUUCGCGAAGAAGAUCGCUGGACGAGAAACAUACACACUCUGCGGCACACCCGAAUACCUCGCGCCCGAAGUCAUUCGAAACACAGGCCACGGCCUCGCAGUAGAUUGGUGGGCCUUUGGAAUCCUCAUAUACGAAUUCCUGGUCGGACAACCGCCUUUCUGGGACCAGAACCCGAUGAAGAUCUACGAGCAGAUUGUCGAGGGAAAAGUGCGGUACCCAAGUGCAAUGUCGGAGGACGCACGCGAUAUCAUAGGUGGUCUUUGUACCGUUGAUGUUUCCAAAAGACUUGGAAAUGUCAAGGGAGGUGCUGCUACAGUGAGGUCACAUCCUUGGUUCAAGAAUAUAGAUUGGGACGAGUUAUACCACAGGAAGAUGCAAGGGCCGAUCGUGCCACAUCUACGGUCCGCGGACGAUACGCGGAAUUUUGACGACUAUGAUCCGGAGCCUGAGAAACGGGAUCCGUAUACAAAGGAACUGCAAGACAAACAUGAACGCAUGUUUGCAGACUUUUAA